AUGGGACUGGUCAAGCGGAGGGACCAACAGACAGAAUUCCACAAGCAAGAUGGGAAGCCCCAAGAACGAUAUGAAAGAAAGAAGUCUUCCUCCUCCUCAUCUUCCUCUUCUUCUUCCUCAUCAUCUUCCUCCUCCUCCUCUUCCUCCUCAGACAGCAGCGAUGAUGAGGACCAUCAUUCCAGAGGUCCCAGGGAACACCGAAGGAAGCCACGAAGGGACAGCUCUCCUGGUGCUGACCACAGGGAACUGGAGGUGCUAAAAGAUGAUCUUCAGCUCUGUGGAGGUGCUGCUGGGGAAAUGGUGCUUGCUGGGGAGACAGGACUCCGAAGGAGAGGUUCCGGCUCAGCAGGGGGAGAAGUGGAGGCCUCCCAGUUACGAAGGCUGAACAUAAAGAAGGACGAUGAGUUUUUCCAUUUCGUUCUUCUUUGCUUUGCCAUUGGGUCCUUGCUGGUGUGCUAUCACUACUACGCAGACUGGUUCAUGUCCCUCGGGGUCGGCCUGCUCACCUUCGCCUCCCUAGAGACCAUCGGCAUCUACUUCGGGCUGGUGUACCGGAUCCACAGCGUUCUUCAGGGCUUCAUCCCCCUCCUUCAGAAGUUCAGGCUGCCAGGGUUCAGGAGAACCGACUAAGAACGUUGCCUGAGAGCAGAUGAGCCACUCCCCCAUGUGACCACUGUCACCACUGCCGUACCUGAGCCCAGAAGACAGAACCGACAUGCUGGAAGCCACCAGGAGGCCACGCCUGGGCACUAAAGAGCUCUUUUCUUCCAUGUGGUCUCAGCGUUGGCAGCAGUGGGAAGGCUCUCACUCUGCAGAUUAACACACAGUCUGCAGGGGGAAGAGAGAAGGGAUGGCAUCUAAGUCGGCAAGAAGGACCUAGGACACCACUGCUCUUGGGGCAACAUGAGUCCUGGGCCCCACAGGCUGGCAUCUGUGGGCUUGGGUCUCUCUCAUAUCCUCAGGCCAUGCCCAUGAGCUCACAGUUCCUGCAGAGCCAUCCUGGGACAGACAGUCUACUACCCUGAGGCAGGGAGCUACCAGGCUGGGUCCCCAGGGGAACCUGUUUCAGAUAAGAUGCCUGGGACUAAAGCUGUGGCCCCAUCACCUAG